AUGAAGAAACCUCACCGCUACAGAUCUCGCCACUAUCAGAAAUCCACCGAGCUGCUGAUCCGCAAGCAGCCCUUCCAGCGGCUGGUCAGAGAAAUAUACCAUAUACUAUACUACGUGUCUCAUAUACUAUCAGAGCAGUUCGGAUCCUCUAUAUAUUCUCCGAGGUUGAUAACGGCGCUGCAGGAGGCUAGCGAGGCUUGCCUGGUCGGGCUGUUUGAGGACACCAACCUGUGUGCCAUUCACGCCAAGAGUGUCACCAUCAUGCCCAAAGACAUCCAGCUGGCCCGCCGCAUCCGAGGAGAACGCAUUUAA